AUGUCCGCGGGGACAGUGGUCAUCGCUGGAGCCGUGCUGGCUGCGGUCAUUCUGCUGACCAUCGUGGGAGUGCUGUGCCUAUGUAGGCUGCAGUACUACUGCUGCAAGAGGGAGGAGUCAGAGAAGGCAGACAAUGAUGGGGAGGCGGAGUUUAGCACCAUGACCCGCCCCCUGGCUCUGUCAGCACCGCCCACUCCUCCGACACCAGAUCGCCACAGCAACACGCCAGACUCGUACCCGCCCACAUUCCUGACAGAGGCGAACGGGCCCAGCUGCUGCACCCCGCCGCCCCCUCCUCCCCCUCCCCAGUGCCACCGCGCACACUACUGCCCCACAUGCACACGCCCGGUCCCCUUCUGCCUCCAGCGCCCCACCUGCUCCUGGGACGGGCGCAACCUGUGCUACCGCUCCUUCCAACAACACCACGUAGAACUACCCCUGGACAUCAGCACUCUGUACCGCAAACUCCAGCUGCUGACCAUGAGGGAGGUCAGCCACCACAGUGUCAGCACCGAUGUUUAG